AUGGAGUCUCAAGAAUUCACAACUACUAACCCUUCUUUCUAUCAUCCUAGCCAGCAAAAAGAAAUGUUAUACUCUGUUGAAGCACGGGAGAGACUUGAAUCACCAGAGCUACACCUAACAACAAAAGAAUGUAGUGUCAUUCAAAUUACCCCCAAAGCGCUCACUGUAGCUAUCUCAGGAUGCACCUCAUCAGGCAAAACAACGUUGGCAUUACUACUUUCAGAAAUCUUCUCUUCUCCAACUACAAAACACUCGACAGACAAUAAAUCUCCACAUAUAUCCAAGGAAAAUAAUCUAGGCGAUGCAAAAGCUACACAUCUCUUUACAACCAUAAUCCAUCAGGACGCUUUCUUCAUUCCGAAAGCUGACUGUCCAUUGGUCCAAUUUAACAGCGCUCCUAACGACAAACGUUUUGUAAAAGAAAGUCUUGCUCAAAAGAACGAAACCCCAGUCUAUUUCUACGCCCGAACUGGCACGAAUGGGGAAGAAAAUGUACAGAUCAUCGGACCAAAUACUGAUUGUAUGGAAGCGGUCAAUUUUAGCAAUCUACUUCGAAUGGUUCAAGCUGCGCAGGCCAAUACUCCCGAGUCAAAAAUCUGUGUUCAAUAUAAAGAUGACGCAGACAAGAAGAAACUGAUUGAGCAAUAUUCCGGGGUGAUCGAAAGCAUGCGCAGAAGGGUUGGGGAGUGCUUAGCCGUUGGAACAGGUAGUCAUAUGAGAAACCAUGUUGUUGCGGACUAUAACUAUGGAUGGGUAUUUGUUGAGGGAUUUCUAUUAUUCAGCAAAACUCUGCCUUCUGACGACAGAAGCACAUGGCUGGAUGCAUCCUCAGAGGUCGAAGACCGUUGCGCAGGGCGAUCAGAAAACGUACGACAAAAACUCGAGAAAGAAGCUGCAUUGAAGGAAAAUUCUAUGAUGAGAACGAAGGAAGAGAUGGUCGUGGCAAAGGCAGCUUUAAUGCAAGAAUUUGAUAUCAAACUAUUCUUGCCUACUAGCAAGGAGGUCGCUAAAGAGAGGAGAUUGAGCAGGUUCCCAUACAUCGACUUUCCAGCUGGUGGAAGAUGUCCUGGACAGAUGUGGAAGUCAGAAGGAUACUUUGAAGAAGUUGUUUGGAAGGGUUAUGAAGAUUCAUUCGGUUGGCUGUUAAGAGAGGCCGGAAAGGAGAAUGUCGACGGCGUGUUUGUUAGAACUACUGUCGAUGACACAGUUGAGAAUACUGUUUAUUGGGCAGUUGAUGUCAUUCUUCAAUUUUUGAAAGCAGGCCAUGAGGUGGUUUCGAAGGACAAUGCUCCAGGAGUUGAGAUCACAGGUACUUAG